AUGAAUCCAUUAUUUAUACUUAAUAAUUUGUUAAAUAUUAGUGAUACUACGAAUAUACAAGGUGGGAAUUAUGGAUUUACAGAAACUAUACAAAAUUGUAGAUUAUUCUUAUUUAUAAAAGACUACUACAAGUUAAUAAAGAAAAAUUUUUAUCUUAUUUUUUGUAUGUUAGGAUUACUACUCUCUUCAGUAGUAAAUUCAGUAUAUUUUAAGAAGAUGACUAAUGCAAUGCCAAAUCAUGUGUGGUUCUUAACUCAAUUAAUAUCUGGAUUAUAUGUCCCAUUCUUUGGAAUAAUUGUAUUAAUAUUAUAUUUGAAAAAUAAUAUAUCAGAUGAAACUUUAAAAAUUCCACUUAGGAAAUUUUGGAUUAUGGGAUUUUUAGAUAGUUUUGGAAGUAUUCUAACAUUACUUGCAAGUGUACAUACAUCAGGUGUAAUGCAAGUCAUUCUUGGGCAAUUUUGUACACCUAUUACAUUAAUAAUGUUAACAAUAUUUUGCAAAGACAAAUUUCAUAUUAUGCAAUAUUUAGGAGCUUUUAUUAUGAUUAUUGGAAUUUUUAUAGUAAAAUCUGCUGUAAUUUUGGGGUUUAGGGAUAUUUCAGAGUCAGAUAAGUCGAACUAUUUAGUAUUUAAUAUUUUAUUUAUAAUUUCAUGUAUACCAGCAUCAGCUAGUUCAGUAUACAAAGAUAUGACAUUUAGAGAAACAAGUUCUUUGAAUGAACAUUAUUUACAAUUUAAUGUUGCAUUGGCACAAGUAAUUAUUGGAUUCUUUUUAGCACCUAUAAAUUCGAUACCAAUACUCGGACCACUUAAAAUUGAGAUAACAGAAAUUCCUUCAUUACUUGGUCAAGGGUUAAGAUGUUUAUUUUUGAAGCAGAAUAUAGUAACAACAAAUUGUGGUAAUGAUGGACAAAGAUCAUGUGAUAUGUGUGAAUUAGUUCAAUUACCAGUUUUGAUAUAUUUUAUAGCAAAUAUUAUAUGUAAUAUAUUUAGUAUUAUGGUGAUCAAACAUGGUUCUGCUGCUACUGGUUUCAUUGUUUCUACUAUGAGACUUCCUUUAACAACAUUUGUUUUUUUUUCAUCUACUUUAGUUGGGAAAGAAGCAACAACUCCUCAUAUAGAAGAUUUCAUUGGGAUAUUUAUUCUAGUUUGUGGUUUAAUUUUAUAUAGAUUUGGUGCUACAAUGAAUUAUGACUUUGUUGAAGAUAGUUAUGAGUUGAAUUAUAUUGAGAACUACAGUAUAUAUCCAAAUUAUAAAGAAUUGGAUAUAUCUACUAGUGCAACAGGUAAUGAAGAAAAUUCAUUAGAUUCCUAUUCUAGUACAUAUUAUUCUAGACUCUAA